CGGCCACAAUACAAUCUGACAACACCUUGUCCAACCACCGAAUCGAUCAUGGACCUGGCCUACAUCUGCAGCUCCGAUCAACAUGCGCAAGCUCUUGCAGCGGCGGCUGCCGCCGCCGCGCUCCAUCACCACGCAUCUGCUGGCACGGACGCUCGCCAACGGUUCCCGGCUUCGAGCACUUGCUUCUUCAACGACUGCCACAAAGAAGUCCAACCAGGGUCGUGGAAGUGCGUGUUUCACCGCAAUCGAGCGCGGUGCCUGUACAUGGACUGUCAGAACCAAGUGUACGCGCGCAACCUAUGCGUCCGACACGGUGGGAAGAAGCAGUGCAAGGAAGAAGGAUGCACCGGCAACGCUCGCCUCGGCAACUUUUGCUCCAAACAUGGGACAGGCAGCAUCAAAAAGAAGUGCACCGAAGAAGGGUGUACCAAGAUGGCCCACGCGCGGCACAAGUGCGUCCGGCACGGUGGCGGACGGAAAUGCAAAAUGGACGGCUGCCAGACGCACGCCCGCAACGGCGGAUACUGCUGCCGCCACAACCGGCAGUUGGCCAACGACAAGGAAGCACCCUCCCCCAUGCUGUACCCUGCAGACCACCUUGGAUCGUACCAUCCCCACAUUCGACCGAGCCCGCAGAGCGUGCUUAUGAAGGAGGACGCGUUGCCUGACAGUGCAGCCGCUAAUGGCCUCGAGAUUCUCAAUCUGACCAUUGAGCGCUACAACGUCGGGCAGGUUGACACAUCGACCACAUCUACGGCCAAGAGAGAUCCCGUCUAUUCCUCUUAAUGCUAAAGAAAUCUUAAUGUACAUCCUAAUCUUAUGCAAUA